AUGGAUCUUGCCAUUGCGAUGCUGGAAACCGAGACCGUGACGACCAAUUACACCUAUGGUAAGAUUGACUUUUCCCGACACCGACACAACGAGGUGAAAGGUGACGGCAAAAAUGGAGACUCAACCAACUUCGGCAUCUUCAAGCAGAAUUGGAUGAUACCGCGCACUCCCGCAUCUGAAUUCCGUGGACAGAACGUGGGAGGCGUGGAUAACGGAGGUGUCCUGAAUUCCUAUCUGAGCAAGGAUAUCAAGGCCCGUCACGACGGCGAGAAGCACUAUGGUUUUGACGUCUGGUGUGCGGGCCAUAGAAACGGUGCCAGUGGACAGGAUAAUCCCAACACCGAGGAUAUCAACAGUCAAUAA